UUUUUCGCCUUUCACUGCUGGUCAUGAAUUAUUUAAGCUGACCUUUUUUAGGUUUGUUACGUUUUGUGAGGAAAGUUGAAACCGCCCGGGUUGGGUGCCUUGGUGUAAGAUGAGUAUGACAACAGAAAAUAGUCUACAACGAAAUGGCAACAGAUUUUCUUGGUUUCGUGGGUUCUUCAGCUGUGUUUGGUGCCCGUGUUCACGGCGAAAAGUUGCCCCAGUCAGUUCACUACCCAAUGAUUCGGACUUCAUGACGCUUGGCAAAAAAGGAAAACGAGUUAUCUGUGUAGUUCACAUCGACCCUUCGUUAAGCUGUGACAUACUGGCAUCAAAAGAUCAUUCACUAUCUGCAUUCGCCAAGAAGGUGGUGUGUGAUGACAAAGGAUAUGAAUCUGACUCGUCCAAUGAAGAAUACUGGUUCUCCAAAUGGUCAAGACCGCUGAGAACUGUCAAACGGUUCCAAGCUGAACACCUUCAAAAACAGAAUAUCAUUGGACUCAUUAAGAAUCGACUGCCAGCAGCAGACAAGACCCCCAAAACCGAAACCAGUGAUACUAGCACAGAUCUGAAAGUCAUAUCUACCUUUGCAGUUGAACAGUCAUCUCAAAUCAUCCAAGAGGCAUCACAUGAAGCUAGCAAUCAAAUCUCUUCUCAAACAUCCGAACCUGCUCAAACUGAAAACAAAAACGGUGUUGUAAAUUUGGCUUUCGAAGGUUCCCCUAGUGACCCUGGUGCAACUGUAACCACUGCUAAUGAAUUCAAACAGCAACAUGUCAACAAGCCUUUACUGUAUUUCAUUCACGGUGCUGGGGAAUCCUCUGAAUGCUGGAAGAUCCUCAUGCACCACUUUGCUAGCCUUGGCUAUGAAGUCCUUAGUGUAGACUUGCUAGGACACGGUUUCAGUCACACACCAUUUGUAGAAAAGUCGUACACUUUCAGAAAACUACUGGGAGACGUUAUUAGCGUCUUUGACGCACACAUAUCCAACGGACGAAAAUGUGUGUUAAUUGGUCACGGCUAUGGUUGUUCAUUCGCCGUGGCUCUUUCACGACAAAGAAGUGCCAAUGUUACCCUGUUGGCUUUGCUGAGCAGCGGUGGCCCAACUCCGCUCGCACCGCCCGUCCAGUGGCGUCGCGAAUGGAAGCUUCCAGCUUCGUUGCUUCAUUGCCUUCGUAGCAUUCUUCCAUGCGGAAUGAGAAGAAAUGUCUUCUACGGGCCUCGCGGGAAAAGUUGCCUGCACGACUCGGUCUACCUUCAAAGUCUUCCUUCCUACGUCCGUCACAACCUGGCGGUUGGUCAGGUGUGGCCAGAAGGCGAUGUUGCCUUCCACCGCAAAAUAGUGAUGCCCACACUCCUCGUUCACGGACUAAAGGAUCCGUUUGUCUCCUUGGUCGAGAUGUGCGAAAUGGAAAGAACUAUUCCACGUGCUUUCCUUGAGGUGAUACCCGAAUCCGGCCAUGAUAUCAUGUCGGAUGCUCCAACUCAGCUGUGCAAGAUGUUACGCAAAUUCUUCGAACACUGGCAGCGCUGACGAUAGUUCCCCUGUAAUUUUUUAAUUUUUCUAAAAAGGAACUAGACUCUUUGACUUAUUAGUCUAACAUGUAAACUACACCGUCGAUCUACUUUUUUAACUGCUGUGCCUUCCUAUUAUUAUUACGCGAGUUUUAUACGCCUUUUUUUCCUUGUAUCUUUCAUUUUCCAAUUAAAACGAUCCAAUAUACUCGAGGGAAUUUCGCGGACCAAAAGAAUCCUGUGUACCGAUGUCUGUA